CAGACGGCGAAAACACUGAAGGAAGUCUGGUUACUUCAUUUUCAGCGGCACAGACGUUGUUUUUGCGGCGGCUUGUUUAUUGCGGUGCGUGCACGUUCUUCAGCGGGUGAGCCAUGAGGGUCCCCAGAGAGGCGACCCGGCAAAGCAAUUAAUAUUAAAAUUGGAAGUUUGUAUCAAUUGCUGAGUAUUGGAAAUUGGAUGUGAUGGCAGCAGAAUUUAUAAAGAGUUGCUGUAGAGGAUGUUUCUAUGGAGAAACAGAAAAGCACAAUUUUUUCAUGGAAAGAGACUUUAAAGCAGCAGUCUCAGCGGGUCAAGAUACCACGGUCCGUGUACCUCCGUUGACUUCCAUCUCCGUCAAGCCCCAGGUUGGCUGUACUGAGGAUUACUUACUUUCCAAAUUACCAUCUGAUGGCAGAGAAGUACCGUUUGUGGUACCGAGGUUUAAGCUCUCCUAUGUUCAGCCCAGGGCGCAAGGAACUCCUUCACAUCUGGAAGAGCUAGAAGCAUCUGCCAGAGCAUCUUUUGGAGAUCGAAAGGUAGAGCUUUCUAGUUCAUCCCAGCAUGGAGCCAGCUACGAUAUAUACAACCCGUACUAUCGAUAUCAGCACAUUUCACCUGAUUUGAGCCGACGCCUUUCCCCUCGUUCAGAAGCAGUGAGACUAUAUGGAUCAGUUUGUGAUUUAAGGACCAGCAAACUUCCCAGUUCUUCUGGGCUAAGCAAGUCCAUGUUUGAUCUUACAAGUUCAUCUCAACGGUUCAUGCAGAGACAUGAUUCAUGGUCCAGCGUGCCAAGCACUUCUUCUUCAAGGAAGAAUUCCCAGGGAAGUAACAGAAGCCUGGAUACAAUUACUUUGUCAGGAGAUGAAAGAGAUUUUGGGAGAUUGCAUGUGAAAGUGUUUUAUAAUUCUUCAGUAGAACAGAUCUGGAUCACAGUUUUACAAUGCAGAGAUUUAAGUUGGCCUUCUAGUUUUGGAGACACUCCUACUAUUUCUAUAAAAGGAAUACUUACAUUGCCCAAACCAGUGCAUUUCAAAUCUUCAGCCAAGGAAGGCUCUAAUGCUAUUGAAUUUAUGGAAACUUUUGUAUUUGCCAUUAAACUCCAAAGUCUACAAACUGUAAGGCUUGUAUUUAAGAUUCAAACCCAGACUCCCAGGAAGAAAACCAUUGGAGAAUGCUCACUGUCACUCAGAACUCUCAGCACACAGGAAAUGGAUUACUCUUUGGAUAUAAUGCCACCUUCAAAAAUUUCUGUUUGCCAUGCAGAACUUGAACUGGGGACUUGUUUUCAAGCUGUAAAUAGCAGAAUUCAGUUACAAAUUCUUGAGGCACAAUACCUUCCAAGCUCUUCGACACCUCUCACUUUGAGUUUUUUUGUGAAGGUGGCAAUGUUUAGUUCAGGAGAGUUGAUUUAUAAGAAGAAGACCCGCUUACUGAAAGCCUCCAAUGGAAGAGUAAAGUGGGGAGAAACUAUGAUUUUUCCACUUUUACAGAAUGAAAAAGAAAUUCUUUUUCUCAUUAAGCUUUAUAGUCGGAGCUCUGUAAGAAGACGACACUUUGUGGGGCAGAUUUGGAUAAGUGAAGACAGUAAUCACACCGAAGCAGCAAAUCAGUGGAAAGAGACAGUUACAAAUCCAGAAAAGGUUGUUAUCAAGUGGCACAAAUUAAAUCCAUCUUGAAGACAUCACACAUUAAUUUGGUGAAGAACUUGACAUUCUUUUAGAAGACUUACAAUUUCAAUUUGCUACCAAUAAGAAGAGACAAAUCAAUACGUUUGUCAACUUAUUUAUGGAGGUCAUAAUUAUAAUGAAUCUUGUAGAAAAUUAAAUUCGAUAAAAAAUAAGAUGAAUUAUAUCAAAUAUCCAAAGUAAAGAGAAUGUUUUUAAACUGUGCCAAAAUAGACAAAUAAAAUAAAGAGUGGUAUGCUGGGGCAACUAAAUAAAUUAUACAACCAAUGAGAAUUUCACCCAUAGGUAGUUAUUACUGUAUUACAUUUAUGGAUUUUUUAAAGCUUUACCUAGAUAUUCAAAAUCUCUAUUAGACAUGUUAGAAGACUUUACUACUGACUAUUUCAGUGCUAGUCAUUAUUGCUUAGACCUUGACUCCGCUGUUUACCUCUUGCUACAUAUUUUCCCUCAGAAAGCAAAAAUGAAUGAAACCACUUCAACUUUUCUGUAUUUAGGGAAAAUUUGUGUCUUGUGUUUCUCAUUUCUUGCCCAUAAGUCAUCAUAUUGCCACUUUGUACAUUAUUUAUCUCCAAGAAACUUCAAAUAUAGAACACUAUUUUAACAAGAAUAAGUGAAAAUGCCAGAAGGUUGAAGUUUAGUAGAAAACCUAUUAUAUUCACAUUUUGCUAUGUUUUUCCUCCCUCAAAUAUUUUGCCCUUUGUUUUAGUUGGAGUUGGAAUAAGAAAAUCAUCCAUAGAGCCAUCCUAAGUAGCAAAAUUAAAUGAGCUUAAUUAGUAAGUUCAAUAUUUUAUGAUUAUCACUUCCUUUUUUUUCAGCUUUUUAAAAAUAUAAACUGCUUGUUCCAAUAAUAUCCAUGAUAUUAUUUUUCUCAUGUUUUUCAAGAAGCCAUCUUUUAGCAAAUAUUUUCUUUCUUUUUUAUUUUGAUUUUUUUUUUUGGUAGAGAGGGACAGAGGGAGAGGGAGAGAGAGAAUCUUAAGCAGGUUUCACUCAAGGCAUAGCCAUGGGGCUCAGUCUUACAACCCUGAGAUCAUAACCUGAGCCAAAAUCAAGAGUCCAGCUCUUAACCAACUGAGCCGCCCUGGCGCCCUGCAGAUAUUUUCUAUAGCAGUUUCCCCCACGUACUCAGAAGUCAGGAUGUGGGCAUGAUGUCAGGUUAGUUGGGUAUACAAGCUAUGGCCAAAAAGAACAACUGUUGGGAGAAACAGAUAACACCAUCUUUGAUCUUGAGAAGUCCAACUUUAGUUUUGCUGAGUGGACCAGGCACUCUGUGAUCGUGAUCUUCCAUUUUCCUUUCUAUCUUACCUUAUUCUACAGAUGCUAAGAGAUAGAUGGUGAUAUUUUAGGCCAGAAGAUAUUUUGGGGGUAGCUUUAGCAUACCUCUAGUUCUGAUGUUCUGUAUAUCUCAUUAAAAUUUUCUCAAACAAUUCCUCUUUUCCUGGGUGCCAUCUCCACAAGGAACAAAAUAUACAUAAUUUACAGGUCCUUUGCUUCUACUCCCUAGGGUUAAGUUAUACUACUCCCUAGGGUUAAGUUAGGUACUCUCUAAUACUGCAUUGGAAAUAAUUUUUUUCUUAGAUUUGUGAAAAAUGGCAUAUUGAUUAGUACUCACAUAAACUUUCAAGAGAAAUCACCUUGUAUCAUAGUGUUUUAAAUCUUUGAGACAAAAGGCUUUAUUGUUUAGAGCCAUUUUAGGUUCACAGCAAAAUUGAGAGGAAAGUACAAAGAGUUCCCAGAUACCACUUACCCCACGUACACACAACCGCCCCCUGUCAUCAACAUCUCCCACCAGGAUGAUAAUAUUUGUUAAAAAUCAAUGAACCUACAUUGACACACCAUUAUCACCCAAAGUCCGUAGAUUACAUUAGGGUUCAAUUGUGGUGGUGUCCAUUCUGUGAGUUUUGACAAGUGCAUAAUGUCUUAUAUCCACCACUAUAGUAUCAUACAGAGUAGUCUCACUGCCUUAAAAAUCUUCUGCAAAUGCAGCUAUCUUAAUAGCCACUAAAUAAGUAUAUUGACUUUUAGAUAAAUAAUAGGUUUUAUUGUUUUUAAAAAUCUGGAAUUUUAUUUGGGUAGCUUUUUGUGUUCGAGUAAAGCUUUCAAUUCCUAAACUUGUUAUAUGUAUUUAACUCAAUUUUAAAUUAUUUAAUUUUUAAUAUUUUUGCAAUAUGUAUACAAUGUGCAAUUUCAGAGAAGGUGUGAUUUCUUGGUUUGCCUUAGAAUCCUAGGUAAAUAAAAGGAAAACUUUUCAUUUAAAGGACAUUUCAUCUAGAGUAGUAUUGACACAGCUAAGUUCACAAAUAUUGUAAUUAGUUGUACUUAAGCCUUUUUUCAGGUGUAAGAGGUACCAGAUAUGGGUAAUAUUCUAGUUCUUUCUUUGAAGCCUUACAUGAAAUAUAAAAAGAAACGUUCUUCUGUUAAUAGUUAUUCAUAUUAUGAGAAAAACAUUAGGAGCUGGUAAUAAAAAAAUGAGAUAGUAUGCAAAAAUCGCCUUUGUUUUUACUUAGGCAUUUCUGGAUCUUAACCCAUUUAUAAUAAGAAGGGAGUCAAAAUGGUGCUGGUUGAUCAGAGGAAGCCUUGGGAGAGUUCACACUGAUAGCUGAUAUCAAACUUGCACAAUGCUAAUCCCUUACAUUGUAAUUGUUGAUAAGCUUUUUGAUUGAUUCAAUUGGGUAGCUGCAGCCCAUGUCAAAAUAUAUCAUCACUAUUUGGCUUUCAUUUGGUUUUGCAUGAUUUUUUUUUAGCAGACCUCCUAGAGAAAUUAUCAUUGAAGUCUAUCAGUUCUGGCACUUACCAGACUGUUAAGAAGGAACCAGUGAGAUUUUGAACAUACGUAAUUGUCUGAAAAUAACAUAAAGUGAACUUCUGCUUGAAUGCAGUCAAUUUCUAUAAAACUAAUGUACUGAAAGUAUAUUUCCCAGCAAAAAUUUCUGUUGUCUGAUCAAAUAAUAGCUUAUUUUUGAAGGAUUUUAGAAAUUCUCAUUAAGUGUCACCACUUUAUAUCAUGGUAGUAAUGGAUAAUCCUUUUUUAAAAAAAUUUUGUAAUGGAUAUUUUGUAGGAUAUAUAUUUUCUUGUGAUAUUUGGUGGGGUAUAUUUGGGGAAGUACCAGAUAACAUAUCUGUAUGUACACUGUAUUAGGGUUUUUCAGAGAAACAGAACCAACAGAAUGUAUGUAUUUCUAAAAAUGUAUGUAUUUUUUAAUUACAAGAAAUUGGCUCAUGUUUAUUGAAGCUAAGAAAUCCCAGAAUCUGCCAUGCAGGCUGGAGACCCAGGAAGACCUGUAGUAUAGUUCAGUCUGACCCUGAAGCCUUGAGAACCAGAGGAACCAAUGCUAUGAAUCCCAGUGUGCGGGCAAGAGAAGAGGAAAUGUCCAGCUCAGCCAUGAGGCAGGAGAAAAGGAUCAAUUCCUUUUUCAUCUCCCUUUUGUUCUAUUCAGGUUCUCAGCAGACCAAAAGGUGCCCACCCACACUGAGGAGCACAAUUUGCUGAGCCCACUGAUGCAAAUGCUGAUCAUGUCCAGAAACAUCCUCUCAGACACACCUAGACAUAACGUAAUCCUGGCAUCCCUAGCCAGUCAAGUUGACACAAAAAAAUUAAGACAUCUACUAGUGUUCUCCCAAUAGGUCAGCUGAAGUUAUUACUCAACAAUCAAUUUCAAAUGCUUGAAGUUUUGGUUGAAACAUUUGAAUUGAGGAAAGAAUUGUGAAAAGUGAGUGCAUAUGAAGUACCAUGUCCAUGUUGAAAUACAGGCUUAGUGUUUAAAAGAUACUAAAAGAGUUAACAUUGCCCUCCACAAUUGGGUAUUUUGUCUGAAGAUAAAUGUUGCCUAUAUUUUUGGUCAUUUCCUGGCGGAAUCUUUUUAACUUGGUAAUUACUGGUUUUUAAAUGUUCAUGUAUAGGAAAUCUGAUUUGAAAAAUAACUUUAUCUUAUUAGUUAAAACUGGUAACUAAAUUAUAUAACGAUAAUUGUAUUAACUGUACAACUAUAUUAAACUGUAGUACUCUAAUAAUGGUAGUAGAUGUCCAGAAAGAAAGUUCUAUAUGUCUUCUCAGGUUGCUAGAAGGUAUCAGACUCCAUGCUGAGCUAAAUCACUGAGUAAGAUAUGUCUUUAGAUGAUAAUUGUGUUCAUUCAGUAUUGAUUUUCCUAUUCUCAUGCUGUGGAAUUUGUUCUCUGAGCCACCAUUCUUUAGUUUCUGAGGCAGGAGGAUGUUAAAAAAAUAUCUGCCCUUCAUGAUAGAGCUAGAUGUAUUUUAACAGAUUUUGUUGACUGCGGCUUUUAGUUUAAUUUCUAGGUCUUUACCAUUUCUUGAUUAUGCAGACUUGAUCUUGAAACAACUAAAUUUUUAAAUGAACCAUUUUAUGUACUUGAAUAGUUAAACGUAAAAAUGUCUAUAAAGUACUUUUUGCAAAGAACUGUUGUAGGUGCUUUGAGGGAGAGAGAUGAAUAAACCAUCACUCUUUACUCUGGGGUUUUAUAUUUUAGCAGGGAAAUAAAACAUUAUAAAGUAGUAAAAAGCAGGUUCAAAGUAUGGACAAAAUGCUUUAGAGGCUCAAAUAAAAUCAAAUGCAGCUGAAGGAA